CCCCGCCGCGGCGGUGCCGCCGGGCGCGCAGCCAGCGCGUAGGGGGGGCUACGGCAGGGGCGUCCUGAGCGGCCCCUCUCCCCACGCCGCCCCGUCCGGAGCUCCGCCGCCGCGGGGGAGCGCGGAGGCGGUGGCGGCCGACCUCCCCCUCCCCCCUCCACCCCCCCCCCCAAACCCUCCCCCUUCCGCGGGGGGAGGUGCCCGGCGCGGCGCGGCGCGGGGACCGGCCCGCCGGGGAUUGGCUUGGCCGGGUGGGAGCCGAAGGUGGUGGGGGAAGCCAUCUGCAGCGCAGGCGAUUUCGCCCGCUCUGGGCGGUGGUGGUGGUGGGAGGGUGGCUCUCCCUUGCGGGUGGUUUGUGGUUGGUUUUGUUGUUGUUUUUUUUUUUUUUUUUCCCCUUGCUCCUUUUUUUUUUUUUUUUCACCCCCCCCCCUUUUCGCGGGAUCAUGGCCACGGCAGCGGGGCCGUGAUAUCCCCGGGAGCAGCCCCGCUGCUGCAAUGCUGCCCGCAGCAGCCCUAGCGAGGGGAGGUGUUUGAGCGGCGGCCGGCGGCCGCGCACCCUCCCCGCGGCACCGCCGCCGCCUUCUCCCUCCCCGCCGGCCCCUGCGCCUACACCGGCGGGAGAGGGCCCUCGCCGCCGGCCUCCCUGCCCGCGAACAGCAAAUCCGCCGAGCAGGGCUUUAAAUUAACAAUAAUAAUAGCACACGCACACACACACGCACCGCCGCCACGCAUAAAGGGAGAGGAGAGCCGCGCACAACAUGGCCACUCUGCUGCGGAAAAUCGGGCUGAUCCGGCUGCACAACCGGGACACGGAGGACCCCAAGCACCACCACCACCACCACCGCAGCAGCAGCAGCCAGCAGGGCUCCUCGCUGAGGGGCAGGGGCAACCAGAAGAACAGCAGCAACAAGCCGCAGCCGCAGGGCCCCCCCGGCGGCGGCGGCGGCUGCAGCAGCAGCAGCAGCAGCAGCAGCAGCGAGAGCAGCCCCGGGGGCCACAAGAACAAGAAGGCGCCGGAGCUCGCCAAGCAGCCCCCGCAGCCGCGCUCGGGAGACGGCAGGGAGAAGCCGCGGGAGGCGGCCCGGGAGCCUGGCGCCGGUAAGGAGGCGGCGCAGCGGCCCGGUCCCGGCUCCGGCCCCGGCCCCGGGUCGGGGUGCGGGUCGGGGCCGGCACCGCUGGUGCCGCUGCCGUCGGGGUCGGGGCCGCUGGCCCCCGCGGGCCGGCAGCAGCACUGCACGCAGGUGCGGACCCGGCGGCUGAUGAAGGAGCUGCAGGACAUCGCGCGGCUCAGCGACCGCUUCAUCUCGGUGGAGCUGGUGGACGAGAGCCUCUUCGACUGGAACGUGAAGCUGCACCAGGUGGACAAGGACUCGGUGCUGUGGCAGGACAUGAAGGAGACCAACACGGAGUACAUCCUGCUCAACCUCACUUUCCCCGACAACUUCCCCUUCUCGCCGCCCUUCAUGAGGGUGCUCAGCCCCCGCCUGGAGAACGGCUACGUCCUCGACGGCGGAGCCAUCUGCAUGGAGCUGCUCACCCCCCGCGGCUGGUCGAGCGCUUACACCGUCGAGGCCGUCAUGAGGCAGUUUGCGGCCAGCUUGGUCAAGGGGCAGGGCCGUAUCUGCAGAAAAGCUGGCAAAUCAAAAAAGUCAUUCAGUCGAAAGGAAGCUGAAGCAACAUUUAAGAGUUUGGUGAAGACCCAUGAAAAAUAUGGGUGGGUCACCCCACCCGUCUCUGAUGGCUGAUGUUAGCAACCUGCACUUGACAAAAAUGCUGAACAAAAGUACUGUGACGUCUCCUCAGUGCUGUACGCCAUCCAUCCUUUUCUACUUCAGCUUCAAUUACAUACCAUGAAUGUCAAGGAGACAUCUAAGUUAUUUAUGAACAGAUGUGUUUACAGAGGGAGAGAAAAAAAAAUGCUGUGUAGGAUUACAUUUCAAGACUGGAGAAUGGUCAUCAUUGAAGUCACUUGAACGGAUGCUGAGAUUGCGUCAUUUGCCCCCAUACAGCCCACAUUGUCUUCAGCUUCUUUCCAUGACAGCAGCACCAAACAGCAGUACUGGAAAGUUUAUCCAUUACUGCUCAGUUCAUUUAAAUGUAAAUGAAACAGUUAAUAUUUAAUAGGGAAGCAGUGCAUUGCAGGUACAUGUUUGCUGUGCUGUUUAUCUUUGUCUCCUAGCAGGUCAACAUAACUUGAAGAUUUGUCUUUAUGUGGAACUGUGGUCUGCUGUGACUAAAUUUAGACCUCAUUUGUGCUCUAUAUAUGACCUUUAAUUCAUAAAUGAAACCAGAAUUAAAAUGCUGAAAGGUCCUAGUGUUGAAAAAUUAAGUGGAAUCACCCAAAUGGUUACAAUGUGCUAUCUAUGCUGAUAUUGUGAUGUGCUAUUUGGAAAUAAACCCAGUACAGUUAGCUGAAGGUUAGGUGGUUUUUUUAAACUCAUCCACACCAGGGCUUAGAGUGGUUGGUUGGUGGUAGCAGAACCAUUAUUACCCUGCUGGUACCUUCUGCAGUAGCAUGUGGCCUGUCAAUUCUUCAAAAUGGCAAAACAAAUGAAUGGAAAUGGACAAAGCAACCUUAAAAAAUUAUCUGCUUAAUUUUUAAAUGAUAUGCCAGUAACAGAGUAAAAGUUUUCAAGGCAAAUGGAACAUGGUUUAUAAGAUGAUUUGCAUGACUGGAGUUUUCUUUUUUCUUCUCACUCAAUAGACAUUGUAUGUACUUAGAGCCCAAUAUUGGAGAAAACCCACUGAUGUAUAUAAAUGUCCUAUUAUUUAAUCAUUAAGAUUUAAGUUUUCUGGUAAACAAAUUGAAAAAAACUUUCCAAGGGACUCCAUAAAAGCUGAAGGUAAUGUUUAGAAUGGUAUAAGAAAAAUAUUAAAAAAAACGCGGAUUCUGAAUGGAAAAUCGUAUGGGACACAUGCUGAAUAAAAUCACCAGUAUCGUU